UGUUCAGGAAUGUAGGUAGGUGUGAAAUUGCGCUUCCUGCCUGUGCAUGUGAGAUAAAGUCGGAGCUGGACAUGCUGGUGGCACUCAGAACCCCAGCUCAAUUUGCAAGACUGUGGGACAAAGACCAGUGAACAAAGAAGGCCUCCUACCUCUGUCCCUUGGAAAAUCGGUAAACAUGAAGCUGUUUCUGGUUCUCAUUGUUCUGCUGGCUCAUGUACUCACAGCUGGCGCAAAACCCCCAAGAUGCUUUAAUAAUGUGGCAGGUUACUGCAGGAAGAAAUGCAAAAUAGGGGAAAUAUCUGAAGUGGGAUGUCUACAUGGAAAACUAUGCUGUGUCAAUGAAGAGGAAAACAAAAAGUACCACAAACUCCAACAGCCACCUCCACGGCCUGAGCAGAAGCCUGAAGCGGUGUCUGACUAUGUUGUUUACCCAACUGUCACACUUGUUUCAAUCCUGUGAAUCAAGCACUUGUUUCCUUGCUCUCUGCUCAUUCUCAAUCAGAAGUGGAUUAAGCCCCGGAGGCAGCAGUCAGAGACAGACCCGCUUCCUCGUGUGAGCUCGAUUCCUCACAUAAUAAAGCCCUGUGC